UCCGUUAGGACGACAGUAAAUUAUUAUCGUAUUUUAAGUUUGACGUUUAUUUUUAUCGUCUCGGAGGAGAUAAUUCUCUUCUGUAAUAUUUCCAUUUUUACGUAAUUAUUUCCCGUGCCGAUAGAUGGCGACGACGGAAGAGGAAGUGGCGAUCGAACCGAAGCAAGAUGGCGGCCGGCAGUGGUGGUCGCGUGUCCGUCUCUUUAGGAAAAUUUCGAGGUUGCCUGGCCGGAGCCCUGUUGGGAGACUGUCUGGGCGCUCCCUUCGAAGGAAUGCAGAGGGUAUCGACCUCUAAAUUGACCGACGAGUUCCGUAAGUGGUCGGAAAAGGAACCGGGUAGGAAACCUCUUCCUUACACCGACGACACCGCCUGCACGUGGGCUCUGGCACGCUCUCUGCUCGACAGUGAAGGUUUCCAAGCCGUUGACGCAGCCCGGAAGUUUACGGAAGAAUACUUCCGGGAUCCCAAUCGGGGUUACGGCUCCAACGUGGUUAAAGUCUUCGGGAAGCUGAAGGACGACGAUUAUCGUGACGUCUUCGGCCCGGCUCGAGAACAAUUUGAAGGAAGAGGCUCGUACGGGAACGGAGCGGCCAUGAGGACAGCACCCUUGGCACUGUGGCUUCACCGUCGACCUCGGACUCUUGCCGAAAAGGCCGAAGAGUGCGCUCGACUGACCCACGCCCAUCCAGUGGGAUGCGGAGGAGCGGUUCUUCAGAGUCUAGCCCUGAGUCGGGCCGCCCUCUUUCUAGAACGGCCCGACCCGGCCCGCUGGGUGGCGGAUCUCCUGUGCCCGGUCGAUUCUACGGGUGCACUGGACGCCAAACUGAAGAUGGUGGAGGAACUGUCGGGCCGAGCGAACCCCCCGUCGACGGAAGAAGUAGUGUCGCGAUUAGGACACGGACUUUCGGCGGCCGAAUCGGUGCCCACCGCUCUGUACUGUUUCCUCAGGGGAUUUCGACCCCUGAAAGAGUGGCCCACCGAUAACGGGGCGGAGAGGACUCUGUUUUAUGCCGUUUCUUUGGGAGGGGACACCGACACCAUUGCCAGCAUGGCGGGCGCCCUGGCCGGUGCUUUCUACGGUAUAGAGUGUCUACCACAGAAUUUGCUAAGAUCCUGCGAGGGUUGGGAGGAGGCUCUGAAUCUGGCCGAUCAACUGCACGAGUUGGCAGGAGAAUGACCCUCUAAUUUUGUACAUUUUUCAGGAAAAUAAACGUAUUUCUGGAUCGAA